GGGGUGUGGGCUGGGGCGCCCCCAGCGGACAGCCUGUGCUCCUCCCUGGGCUCUGCAAGAGCCUGUGCCUCCCAGCACCCUCUCCACUCUCCAUUCUGCUCCUCAAAGCUGCCAGGGCCUUUCACACCCCGGGGCCUUUGCACACGCUGUACCCUCCUCCCAGUUCACACCCCUCAUCUUCCGUGGUGGCUCCCUUGUCAUCCCCAAGGAUGGUAAUGUCCUCUAACUAGUAGUAAAUUCUAACCCUUGCCCCAUUUCUCUUUUGUAUCAGUCUGUUUAUUAUCUUCCCAAUUGUUAUCACCACCUAAAAUUUUUCAUUCAUUCAUUUACUGUUAACCUGAUUGUUAUCAGUCCCCCCCACUGGCCUCUGAACUCCAUGAGGAUAGGCAGCUGCAUAUGUGCUGCUCCCCAUUAGGUCACCAGUGUCUGGGAGAGCACCCAGCACCCGGGAAAUGCCCAGGAAAUGAUUGUUGAAUGAGUAAGUGCCUACUGAGCCAGGCCUGUGCCAAAUGCAGGCAGAUCGAAGUUUAAUAUAACCACGUGGUCUCCAUCUGCAUGGAUCUGAGGCUCACGGUGAAGCAGCCACUUAUAGGGGCAUUGUCUUAGUGGCUCAUGGCCUGAAAAUGUGUAAAUGAGUGCCUCCCACCAGAACCACCCCGAGUCCCAACUGCACAACCAAGCCCCCACCUGGAGCCUGGUCAGGGGUGGCAAAUAGGUUUCAUCCCCAGUUGGUGCUGGUGGCUGUGAGGUGGUUUCCUGCCAGAGCUCGUUGCUUUUACAAGAGCCCAAAGACCGGCAGAGAACUGUCUUGUGGCAAGUUCUGGAGCUGUGAGUAGGCUUCGUGGGAAAGAGUGCAUGGAUUGAUUAGCCACAUGUGUUACGGGCAAGAGAAGGGAAAGAGAGACAGGCAAGUCAUGUGUCUGCCCUCGCCACCAUGAGUGGCUGCUCCACUCCACUGGGAGAGAAAUGGCCCUUUCCUUGCCCUUCAGACCCUGCCAGCCCAGGGCUGCUGGCCAGAACUGCACGAUGGGCAGUGCUCUGGACUUGGCAUUGCCAGUUCCCAUUUGGAAUCUGACUCUUCAGCCACCUGGUCUUUAGGUGUCUUCCAGUCCUUCUGCUAAAUUCCCAGGUGUCUGCUGAUAGCUUCUUAAAGGAGGUAGAUUUCCAUGGACCUUCCAUAACAUUGGGAGCAACUUUCUGAUGGAGAAAUGAGAGAUGUCCAUUCCAGGGGCCCAUUCAUUCAUUUUUGCAAUCAUUCUUUUAUGGGAAUAUUUACUGACCCCCGUACACGCCAGGCACUGUGCUGGGCCCUAGAGGUACAGGCGUGAAGCAGGGCCAAAGCUUGCCAUGUGGUAGACUCUCAGUGUUUUAUUUAAAAAGCAGUUGAAUUGCAUAAUCCAUGCCUUUGAGGUCCCAUUGUGGAGGGGAAGACAGAGAAGUGAGCCAGAAGUUAAGCUGCCGAGAUCCAGGGAACACAGAGGAGGGGCCCCUCCCCAGCUUCAGCUGGUGCACGAGGGCUUCCUGUCGGAGGGGGUGCCCUCCCUGAGACCUCAAGAGUGAGUAGAGUUCAACCAGAUAAUAGAGUGGGGAGGGAAGCCAGAAAGAAGCAGCAGCUCACAGAAAGUCCUCAGAUGAAAGCUUGGCAGCUUCAGGGAUCUGCAGAGAUCUCUGGCUGGAUCCUGGGGUCAGAGGCAGGGAGUGGUAAGGAGGUGGCUGGAGAGGUGGACAGGGGCAAGGUUGUGGAGCACCCUGCUUGUUGUGUUAUAAAGCUUGCUUCUCCAGAGCAAUGGGGGAGCCUCCAAAAUGAGAGAAGAAUCCAAGACUCUUCUUGGCCAGCACUGCUUUCCAGCUGAGAGAGAAAAGCGAAAUCAGAUCCAGGGCCUCCAGGAGAAUGUGCGAAAGCUGCCAAAACUGCCCAACCUGUCCCCACUUGCCAUCAAGCACCUGUGGAUCCGCACGGCCUUGUUUGAGAAGGUCCUGGACAAAAUUGUUCAUUACCUUGUGGAAAACAGCAGUAAGUAUUAUGAGAAAGAAGCUCUCCUGAUGGACCCAGUGGACGGCCCCAUCCUUGCAUCUUUGCUGGUGGGGCCCUGCGCCCUGGAGUACACCAAGAUGAAGACUUCUGACCACUUCUGGACGGACCCCUCGGCUGAUGAGCUCGUCCAGAGGCACCGCAUCCACAGCUCACACCUGAGGCAGGACUCGCCCACCAAGCGUCCCGCCCUCUGCAUCCAGAAAAGGCAUUCGAGUGGCAGCAUGGACGACCGGCCCUCCCUCUCUGCCCGUGACUAUGUGGAGUCCCUGCAUCAGAACUCCCGCACCACCCUGCUCUACGGCAAGAACAAUGUUCUGGUCCAGCCGAGAGACGACAUGGAGGCUGUGCCGGGGUACCUGUCCCUGCACCAGACGGCCGACGUCAUGACCUUGAAGUGGACGCCCAACCAGCUGAUGAACGGGUCUGUGGGGGACCUGGACUAUGAGAAGAGUGUCUACUGGGACUACGCCAUGACCAUCCGCCUGGAGGAGAUUGUCUACCUGCAUUGCCAUCAGCAAGUGGACAGCGGCGGGACGGUGGUGUUGGUCAGCCAGGACGGGAUCCAGAGGCCGCCCUUCCGCUUCCCCAAGGGAGGGCACCUCCUGCAGCUCCUCUCCUGCCUGGAGAACGGGCUGCUCCCUCACGGACAGCUGGACCCACCGCUCUGGUCUCAGCGGGGGAAGGGCAAAGUAUUCCCCAAACUGCGCAAGCGAAGCCCCCAGGGUUCAUCCGAGUCCACGUCUUCAGACAAGGAAGAUGACGAGGCCACAGAUUACGUGUUCAGGAUCAUCUACCCUGGCAUGCAGUCCGAACUUGUUGCUUCCAGCCCCCUGGGCGGCACUCCUCCCAUCUCUGCGGGCCCUGCCUGGAUGGUGGUUCCUGCAGGCCGGUCCGCGUUAGUGGUGGCCAGGGGCAGCCGGUGGGCGCAAGCCAGAUGGGACACGACCCUCCCCACGUCACGCCUGAAGCCGCAGUCCCUCAUUCCCCAGGACCUAAUGGAUGUCUCUGUGAGCAACCUGCCAUCCCUGUGGCAACCCAGCCCCCGGCAGUCCUCCUGUUCCUCCUGUUCGCAGAGUGGCUUGGCUGAUGGCGGCUCAACCAACGGCUGCAACCACGAGAGGGCUCCCUUGAAGCUUCUCUGUGACAAUAUGAAGUACCAGAUCCUUUCCAGAGCCUUCUACGGAUGGCUUGCCUACUGCAGACACCUGUCUACCGUGAGGACCCACCUGUCAGCCCUGGUCAAUCACAUGAUCGUGUCCCCUGACUUGCCCUGUGAUGCUGGACACGGGCUGACAGCCGGGAUCUGGGAGCAGUACCUUCAGGACAGCACAAGUUACGAGGAGCAGGAGCUGCUGCGUCUCAUCUACUACGGGGGCAUCCAGCCGGAGAUCCGCAAAGCCGUGUGGCCCUUCCUCCUGGGCCACUACCAAUUCGGGAUGACAGAAACAGAGAGGAAGGAGGUGGACGAGCAGAUUCACGCCUGCUACGCACAGACCAUGUCUGAGUGGCUGGGCUGCGAGGCAAUUGUGCGACAGAGGGAGCGGGAGUCGCACGCGGCCGCCCUGGCCAAAUGCUCGUCGGGGGCCAGCCUGGACAGCCACCUGCACCAGAUGAUGCAUCGGGACUCCACCAUCAGCAACGAGUCCUCCCAGAGCUGCAGUUCCGGCCGCCAGAACGUCCGCCUGCAGAGCGAGUCCAGCAGCAGCACACAGGUCUUUGAGUCUGUGGAUGAGGCGGAGCAGGUGGAGGCAGAAGGCAGGCUGGAGGAGAAACCGACCAAGAUCCCCAACGGGAACCUGGUGAACGGCACCUGCUCCCCAGACUCAGGCCAUCCCUCCUCCCACAACUUCUCCUCAGGCCUCUCGGAGCACUCAGAACCCAGCCUGAGCACGGAAGACAGCGUCAUGGACGCCCAGCGCACCGCCCCGCUGGUGCUUCGACCCAGGGACAGCAGCAUGGAUGACGGGCAGAGCAGUGAGGCCACCACGUCCCGGGACGAGGCCACUCGUGAGGAGCUGGCCGUGCAGGACAGCCUGGAGAGCGACCUCCUGGCCAAUGAGAGCAUGGACGAGUUCAUGUCCAUCACCGGCAGCCUGGACGUGGCUCUGCCCGAAAAGGAGGGCCCCGCGAUGGAAGGCUGGAGGGGCAGCGAGGCGGAAAAGCAGAGCCAGGUGGACAGUGAGGACAACCUGUCAGAGGAGCCUGAGAUGGAGAGUCUCUUCCCCGCGCUCGCUUCUCUGGCCGUGACCACUUCGGCCAACAGCGAGGUGUCCCCCGUCUCUUCCAGCGGCGUCACCUACUCUCCAGAGCUCCUGGACCUGUACACGGUGAACCUGCACCGCAUCGAGAAGGACGUACAGAGGUGUGACCGCAACUACUGGUACUUCACACCCGCCAACCUGGAGAAGCUGCGGAACAUCAUGUGCAGCUACAUCUGGCAGCACAUUGAGACUGGCUAUGUCCAGGGCAUGUGUGACCUCCUGGCCCCACUGCUGGUCAUCCUGGAUGAUGAGGCCCUCGCCUUCAGCUGCUUCACCGAGCUCAUGAAGAGGAUGAAUCAGAACUUCCCCCACGGGGGCGCCAUGGACACACACUUUGCCAACAUGAGGUCGCUAAUCCAGAUCCUGGACUCAGAGCUCUUCGAGUUGAUGCAUCAGAAUGGGGACUACACUCAUUUCUACUUCUGCUACCGCUGGUUCCUGCUGGAUUUCAAGCGAGAACUCAUCUAUGAUGACGUCUUCUCCGUCUGGGAGACCAUCUGGGCAGCCAAGCACGUCUCAUCCGCCCACUACGUCCUGUUCAUCGCGCUGGCGCUGGUGGAGGUCUACCGUGACAUCAUCUUGGAGAACAACAUGGAUUUCACAGACAUCAUCAAAUUUUUUAAUGAGAUGGCCGAGCGACACAACACCAAACAGGUCCUGAAGCUGGCCCGGGACCUUGUGUACAAGGUGCAGACCCUGAUUGAGAACAAGUGAGGGCCGCGCCACCGCCCGCCCACCCGCCUGUCCCGCCUGCUUCUCCUCCCAGCCGCCCGGGGAGCGAGGUCCUGACGUCUGUUCCCGAGCAUGGACUUCUGUGCAAAGAGCAAGCACCCCAACCCUGGCCGCUGGGCAGGUGGGGUGGAGGGGUUGCCCCUUCAGUUCAGCCUUACGUUUUCCUGUUUGACCAAAGAUCGCCCAAGCCUGGGGCUUCUCCCUUGUGGGAGUUGGGGGUUGUUGGUGGGCAGAGGAGCAUCUUUGUUCGUGGUCUCCAGAAUGGUCUCCUCCCCUUUCCCUCCCAUCCCUCCAAGCUGUCUUGGAUGAGACUUGGGUUGGGAACUUUUCGGAAACGGGUAUAGGAGAGGUCUGUGGGGCUGCCUCUGAGCUCUGAAGGGGCCUUUGGAGAUGUUCCAGAGCGUGGCUGGGAGCAGAGCGCUGCUGACACGGAAUUCUUCUAUGAAGGACACUGUCCUGUGCAGUGUCGGGGGUUGAGCAGCAUCUCUAGCCUCUCCCUGCUAGAUGCCAGUAGUGCCCUCCACCCCCCGCAUCCCCCCCUCCCCCCGCCGCCUUAUGACAUCCAGAACUUCUCCAGACAUUGCCAGCUGGCCCCCCGUUUGAGAACCACUGGCUUGGAGGAGGGACUGCAAGUGUUUCUCCCUCCCCACUUUCUUUGUACCUGAGCCACCUGUGUCCUGAGACUCCCCCCAGCCCCCAUUUAGAAAAGGCACAUGGGGUCCUCUGCACAUCUCUCCUGGGGUCGGGGAUUUCAGUUGUUGGGUUUUCUCAUCUUUUCCUCCUCCCCCUGGCCCCAGGAGAGACUUUUUUCUUCUUUCAACAAAAGGCUGUGAGAAGGGUCUGUAAGCUUGAGACAGGCCUCUUCAUGGUCCUGCUCAGAGCCCCUGCUCUUGGCAGGGCAGAGCCCACAUCCCCUUCCUCUCAUCCUAGGGAGGACCUCGCCUCUCCUUCCUACAUUGGGUCCGGAGUUCCAGAAGCUUGGAAGGUGUGUGUUGGUGCAAGCCACUUGUUCAAGGAGGCUGGCAUUUCCUUAAGUGCCCUUGCUUACUCAGGACAAAGGGAAGAGAGGAGGACAGAGGUUGGCCAGGGUAGGGUGUGGCGGGUAUUCUCCUUGGGGAAAAAAAAAAUGAGAUGAUGAACUGGCAUCUGGGUCACAGCCUAGCCUGGAAAUGGUUCCCUCCAUGUCUUCACACAAAGGGUCACCAGCCCCCUAAACAGACCCUAGGCAAGCUAGUUUACCCUGCCUACAUGUCCUCCUGGGAGAGCAGUCGUGCCAGCCCUUCUCUGCUUCGGAGAAUGGACCAGAGUCAGGAGAAACAGAGAGAGUCCCAGAAGGAUGUUCUUCCCAAGAAUGGCAGGUAGGAUUUUGAAGAGGAGAGGAGACUCAUCAAGCACAUUGAAACCUUGACAGAGAGGGCGCAUCUGUCCUCCCAUCCUGAGCAAACCAGGAGGGGGAACAGUCCCUGCCUGGCAUGCUUGUGAAGGCGCUUCCCUUGGACCCAGCACUUUCGGCUGCAUCUGAACUUCCGCCCAAGCGGGGUGUCCUGGGUGGGAUGGAUGAGAGAUGGACCUCGCUUCCAAAGAGCACUCUGUGAAAGUUUCAUCUCCCCGCCCUGGCCCUCUGCUUCCCGAGACGGGUGAUCAUGUAUGAAAUCUCCCUCUAGAUAAGAGUUUUAUUUUGCCACUCAACUCUUCACUACAGAGGAUGUUAUUUUAGUAAGACCCAGGUCCUAGACCUUCCGAUUCUUAUUUAUUUUUUGAGAGACUGGUCUGAAAGUACAGCACAAGAUCUCUUCUCUGCCUUCUCUCGUGGUGUUCCAGAGAGCGUGGUGGUUGUGAUUUGAAACAAUGCUUAUUUAUCUGGCUUACUGUGUUUGUUCGGGUCUCUGUACGUUGAGUGUGUGUCCUUGUGUCCCCGAAUCAAAUGCGUGGGAGUCGUUUUAUCUCCGGAGUGCCCUCCUUUUCUCAGUGCUGCCAACAUAUCUUAUUACUGUUUACUGAAGAGUCGUGUCUAAAUAGAGAGAAAAUAUAUAUAAACAGAACUGUGUGAA